AUGGGAAAUUCCAACACCAAGAAACAAACCAAAGGUCGCAAAAAAAUAAAUAUGACAAAACGACGCGAGAAGCAAAAUGACUUGAUGACAACUUUUUCCAAACGCCGGAGUGGAAUUUACAAAUCAGCAAGUGAGCUCAACAUGUUAACCGGCGGCGAUUUUGUCUUGUGUGUAACCUCUCCUACUGGUAAUUUGUUUCACCUCUCCUCUCCAAAUUUGGAAUCGGUGGCCAGCAAACUUUUACAUAAUCAAGAGCCGUCAUCCGACUCCGCAACACAAAUUUUGGAGGCAUCCACUAGAAAUGUUGUGAAAGAGCUAGCUGACCAACUUACAAAGGUGAUGAAUUUAAGGGAAGAAGAAGAGGCUAGGGAAGAGACAUUAGUCACAAAUGCUAUGAACCGAGAAGGAUUGAGAUCAAUUGUAGAAGCUCCUGUUACAUAUCUCACAGAUGAGAAUGCUGAAAUGUUAAAGGCUUGGCUGCUCAACAUUCAUAAUAGAUUCAAUGAAAGAAUCCAACAGCUAAAACAAGCUCGUGAGAAUGCAAGAGACUGA